AUGGCAUCCAAGCAGUACGAAGAGGCGUUACAAAAGGCAAACCUUAGCGACAUGGCUGAGAGAUACGAUGACAUGGCAAAGGAGAUGAAACACGCUGUGAUGCUUGCACAUGAGGAAAAGCAUACUCUUAAUGUGAUGGCAAGAAACCUCUUUUCCGUUGCAUACAAAAACCUGGUGAGCUCGAGAAGGUCCAGCUGGAGAAUGCUGUGCUCUGAAAGGCAGAAGCUUGAGGGGAAGGACCCUAGUGUGGUCCAUGUGAUUGAUGAAAAGAUAAAGAUGGUUGAGGAGGAACUCUUGAGAUUCUGUGAUGAGGUUUUGGAUAUCAUCACUACAUAUAUACUAAGUCUGGAGGAUGCAAAGAAGAACAUUGAGUACAACAUUUUCUUUUUGAAGAUGAAAGGAGACUACUACAGAUACAAAGCAGAGGUUAUCACAGGGUCGGAGCACAGCGAAGUAUCAAAACAUGCAGCUGAGUCCUACAGAGAAGCUACCGAAAAGGCCAAAACACUCCCCCCUACAAACCCCAUAAAGCUGGGUCUUGCACUAAAUUACUCAGUGUUCCAUUAUGAGAUUCUUAAUGACUCGGAAAAGGCUUGCUCGAUAGCCAAGGGAGCUUUUGAUGAAGCCAUCAAGGAGUUGGACACUCUUUCCGAGGAGCACUACAGAGACUCAACCCUGAUAAUGCAACUUCUUAGGGACAACCUUACUCUCUGGACAUCCCGAGAAGAAGGAAGUGUAAUAGGAGAAGAGAGAAAAGGAGACCCCGAUGAAAAUUAA